UAUCCGAUAAAUUAAUUUGCAUUUCGCCCUCAUCUCGAUUUCGCCCUAGAAGGCUGGAAAGGAAGGGGAAAGGAAUGAAGGAUGGCGUAGCUGAAGAAAUCAUCAUUCCGAAACCCUAAUUUCUCCUCUGAUUGCUAAAGCCAAUCGGAAAAGCAUGGAUUUGUCAUCGCUCCCAGAAGACCAGCGGCAGCAGCUUCAACAUCUCCAGCAAUUGUUCCAAGAACAUCAACUUCAACGACAGCAGCAGCAGCAAAUUCAAGAACACGCUUCGCAAGCCUACGAUCCUGCCCAGGUUCAAGAAUACAAUCAAUCCUAUUAUGCUUAUUACCAGUACCAAGACCCGCAACAAUCGCUGCAAUAUUCCCACAAUCUGCAACAGCAACAACAUGAUUACGCUUAUUACCAUCCCGAUUACGGCAAUGCGUAUCAGCAGCAAGCGCAACAUCACCAGAAUUUGCAGCCCGAAGGCCAGCCAGCGCCGCAGAUGGCCGAGGCCGGCGGGGCAUUAGGGCAAGGGCAAAAUGGGUAUUUGCCGCUGCAGCUUGGGGGGCAGAACCCGGCGUACCCGGUCCCGCCGGGACUGAAUCCGGCCGCGGCUGCUGCUGUGGCGGCGCUUUCACAGCUGACGCAGUUCGCGGGGACUAUGGAGGCCGCAGAGAGGGCGCUUGCAAUGGUGGGAUUGGGUGGGGGGGUUGGAGGGGGUCAAUUUACGGCUCAAGGACCGACACAUCAUGGACAGGAGCUGUUUGAUCUGCGGGUUGGUCCAUCUUUGCAUAGGGGUGGUGGUAGAAGGGGUGGCAGGCCAUUCAGGGGCAAUGGCCUGGGGAAUUUUGGCAAUCGCCCACCUAGGUCAGUUGGCACUGGACCACCGUUCCGUGGAAGAGGACGUGGUCAGGUAAGGGUCAUGCCAGGGCAGUUUCCACCAAAUAAUGUGUCAUCAUCUUCACAGCCAAAACCUCAUUCUCCUCAAGUGCAGGCAAGUUUGGGUGAAGAAGAGGCAGAACCUACAGGUAAUGAUCAGGUGGAACCUAAAGCAACUCAGAUAUCUGCACCAAAACAGGGGAACAAAGCUUCUAACAGACAACCUUCACAAGCUGCACAUUGUGAUCUGUGUAGAGUUGAUUGCACCAGCCUGGAAAUCCUUGAGCAGCACAAGAAUGGAAAGCGACAUAAAAAGAACAUGCAAAAACUUGAGAAGCUGCAAAGAGCUGGCAAAUCUGUCUCUGAAACACAUCACGAGCCAAAUAAUAUUGCCGAAUCCAAUCUUUUACUUUUGCAUACUCAGGAUGUUGAAGACAAGCAGCAAACCUUGCCAGAAAAUUUGACCACUGAAUCUGCCAACGGUGAAAACAAACUGGAAACUGAACAACAAAAUGAUAGAGCAGAACAGCCUGAAAAUCCUGUAGCAGAGCAAUCUGAUGUGCUAGGAAGGAAGCCUUGGCCAAAUAGUUUUAACGACCAGAGACGUGGAAUGAAGCGCAAGAUGAGAGGUGGUCGUGGUGGGAAGCGCAUGAAAACUGUUGAUGCACCAAGACGGGUAGCAGAGCCGCCUAAACCCAAAGUGGUGAUACCUUUAAUUUGUGACUUGUGUAAUGUCAAGUGCGACACACAGGAGGUUUUUGACCGCCAUCUCUCUGGAAAAAAGCACAUUUCUAAGCUUAAAAAAUAUGAAGAUCACCAAGCCAUGUAUGAUCGUGUGGGGCUUCAGGCUCUUUACCCUCCUAAUCCUCUUACCCAGACAUUACUCCUACCUCAGGGACCUCAGCAAGUUUUAUAUGGUUCUCAGGGCGCAUAUCCUCCUCGGUCCAACAUACCUCCCCAAUCUCACCACAAAGCACUUUCAGCGGCAAGUAUUAGUUCCGGAUUUCAACAAAAUCCCAACCAUCAAGCAUUAGGGGCUGGUACUGGUUUUGAUGGCCAGACAAAUGUACCUGAAUUUCAGCAGCAAGCUGCUUUAGUUUUAACAGAAACCAAGCAAAAUCAUGUGGCUGCACAGAGAUAGCAGUUGCUUUAGUUUUAAAUAAAUUUUGGUUCUUGGUUCCUGGAAGGUCUUUUAGGUCCAGUUAUAUUGCUGAAAUCAUAUUUUCUCUCUUUAUUUGCUGAGCU